UAUAAAUAUUAGUAAAUAUGUGGUAUAACGCUCUUCAAUUUUUUCAAUUUUGUAAAUUUGUAAUAUUUUCAUGCAUACAGUUUUUUUACAUAAGAAAAUCGUCGCUAAUAAAGGAAAGUUCUCUUUUUAAAAUUUAAUUUUAACAUUUUCUGAUAAUUUAUGAUUAUGAAGAUACUGCGCAAACUCUUUUUAAUAUUAAAUUGUCUUUCAUAAAUUAAAUAAUCUAGCUGUUUUUAUUUCCUGCUCAUACUUUUCAAUAUAGCAAUUUAGAAAUUAAAUAUAAAAUAAUUUAAGUUAUUUAGUCAAACAUUUUAAUAUUAACAAUCCUUGGCUUGUUGUUCAAAACGUUAAAUCGUGUGGCUUAAAUUUAUAUAUGUAUAUUUUUAUAUUACAAUCAAUCUAUUAAUUCUCUGCUAUAAAAUUAAAAUCGUCUCAGAAAAUAAUUUUUAUUUUCAAUUGAAGCAAAGAAUUAUAUUUACCGAUAUGAAUGAAUAAAGUAUAAAGUAUUUAAAUCAUAAUUAACUCAAUUCUUUGUUUAUAAUUUUUUUACCAUCACAAAUUCAUCAUGUUUCUAAUACUUAUCGACAUCAAAGAACUUUAAAAUUUAUAAAUAAAAAAAUAAAAUUAAGCGACAAUUUUUCUUCCCAAGAAAGAUACUCACGAAACUUUCGUAAAUGAACGCAACGCACCAAGCGUGUAAUUCCGUAACUAAAAUGCACAUGUGUUUAUCUUAACCUGACCUUCUCACAGUUAUUAACCUAACUUUAAAGCCGCCAGCGAGAUUCAAAAUUCAACAUUACUCGCGAAACAAUUUGAUGAAAAAAGAAAAUACUACAUGUAAUUAUGCGUGUCACAUUCCCAUGUAUCUAAAUGAAACAACUUUUGUAAGAGAGAUCUAUUUUUACGCAGCCUACAAUAGAGAUGGAAUAUGAAGAGACCGCUGUUGAAUCACUUUCGAUAACACCUUGUGAAACUUUAAAUAGUGAAACAGUUGAAAACGAUCCAGAAAGCGAAAGUAGUGAGACUAAUCAAGUACUGUUGAAUUUAUUCACACCACCCGAAAACUCUUGCGAUCCGAAAAAUACAGAAACUCAUUUGGACUCUAAUGUAACGUCCAACAAAGCUGACUUUCCCAUCCUUUCACAGUCAUAUGUAACAUGCAAUACAUUAACAGAGCAAAUGGGAGAUAAUAAAACUGCAAAUGUCACAGAGCCAAGAAAUGUGAAUUCGGAAGAUGCUAAUUCAACAGAUUCUAUCUGUGUUUUUAAGUAUAAUUGGUCUAUGUCACCGAAAUUACUGCGUGCAGCUACUGAGGAAUAUCAGUCUACAAACUUGUGUGAGAAUUUUACAAAAGGUUGCCAGUGGUCUCCAGAUGGAACAUGCCUGCUUGUACCAUCAGAAGAUUUCAGAAUACGCAUCUACGAGCUUCCUGCAGAAUUGUGGAGCUUCAGCCAGAUUCCAUCUGAUUUCAUGCAGACCAAUUUUACAGCUGCUUUGACUGUCAAAGAAGGUGGCCUUGUAUAUGACACUUGCUGGUAUCCCUUUAUGAAUUCAUGGGAACCUGUGACGUGCUGUUUUCUCAGUACCAGUAGAGAAAGUCCUGUUCAUUUGUGGGAUGCAUUUACAGGAGAAUUACGUGCGACGUACCGAGCUUACAACCAAGUUGAUGAAGUAGAGGCAUCUAUCAGCGUUCAAUUUGUGGAUUCAGGAAAGGAGAUAUGGUGUGGUUUCAAAAAUGCUGUGAGAACUUUUAAUACGGAUCGUCCUGGACGUCAAACAAGCGACAUUCAAUUUAAACAGGAUUUUCCAAAUAUGAUUGGAUUAGUCUCGUGUAUUCGUGAGAAUCCAAUCAUGCCAGGACUAGUUGCCUUUGGCACAUAUUCUAAAUGUAUCGGCUUGUACAAAGAUGGACCAUUGUGUACUUUUAAGACUGGGAGUGGUGUAACACAAAUUGAAUUUAGCCCCUGUGGAAUGAAAUUAUUUUCUGCUGUCCGAAAAAAUACUGAAUUCCUAUGUUGGGACCUUCGUAAUCCUGGACAUGUUCUUUAUUCUCUUGAAGGAAGGCAAUCGGAUACGAAUCAGAGGAUACAGUUUGCUAUUACACCUGACACUAAACAAAUAAUUUCUGGUGGUAUUGAUGGAUAUGUCACUAUUUGGGAAUUACCAGAAACUACAAAUUAUGAUGAAGAAUAUUUGAACCCAAAAUAUAAAAUAAGGCUAUCCAAAGAUUCCAUAAAUGGAGUAAGUUUGCACACACGUUUUCCUAUAAUAGCAACUAGUUCCGGACAAAGGCAAUGUGGUACUGAAAAUAAGUGUAGAGACAAUAGUGUAAAAUUAUGGUGGGUCUCUUAG